AUGCUUCGAUUCCCCAAACUUUACGAACGCAUUGUUGAUGUGGUUACCAGCCUAUUGCGCCAGCGGCUUCAGCCCACAAAUCAAAUGGUCAGUAACCUGGUUGCUAUCGAGCUGGCCUAUGUCAACACUCGGCACCCAGAUUUCUCCGAAGCUCUUAUUCGUGACCAGCAGCAGGCACCAGGCUUAUCUAGCAUGGUGAUAAUCCAUUUUUCAUAUUAA